AUGGCCGAGGAUUCCACCGAAACGUCGAUCACGGCGGCUGAACCCACACCGACAGCCACGGCCUCGAUAGACCCUGAGCUAGCGGGUAAGCUACAGGAACCUUCUUUCGAGAUAAUCCAUACAAUCAAUAGCGCUGCGCCUCCUGUGGGGCUCCAACCCGGCCAGUCGCCGUAUCAAGCGUAUCAAGCGUAUCAAGCGCCAGCAUCCCCUCAGUCGUCAGUUGCAUCGGAUGAAGAGAUCACCAUCGACGACACAUUCGACGAAGAUGGCGAUUCUGCGUACGACAGCGGUUCUCUCCAGAGCGAUACCACGUCGCUGCUUUCGCACAUCACAAAGUAUCGAUACGAGAAUAACCGACGGUACCAUGCAUACAAAGACGGGGAGUAUUGGGGUCCAAACGACGAGCAGCAGAGUAACCAGCUCGAUAUUGCCCAUCACCUGUUCCUGUUGACAAUGGGCGGCAGGCUAUUCCUCGCGCCCAUUGGCGACAAUCCGCAAAAUGUCCUCGACAUCGGCACCGGCACUGGUAUCUGGGCCUUGGAUUUCGCAGAUCAGUACCCCUCCGCACGCGUGACUGGCUUCGACCUCUCGCCCAUACAGCCGCAGUGGGUGGCGCCGAACUUGCGCUUCGAGAUCAACGACGCCUGCGAUCCGGAUUGGGGUUACUCGAAGCAAUCCUUCGACUUCAUUCACGUCCGUGCUAUGUAUGGGAGUGUUGCACACUGGCCGGCAUUCUACCAGCAGGUUCUCGACAACCUUGCCCCUGGGGGGUGGUAUCAGCAGCUGGAGAUGUCCGUGGUUCUGAAGUCUGAUGAUGGCAGCGUCAGGGAAGGCAGCAUCUUUGACCAGUGGGGCAAGGUAUCACUUGAGGCUGGCGACAAGUUUGGGAAGGAUCUCAGGAUUCAUGAACAGAUCAAGGGCUAUGUUACAGAUGCCGGCUUCGUAGAUGUUGUCGAGACAGUCUACAGGUAUCCUGUCGGACCAUGGGCUAAAGACCCGUUCAUAAAGAGUGUCGGGGAAUGGAAUCGCAUACAUUGGCAGGAGGGUAUUGAGGGCUGGUCAAUGGCCUUGUUGACGAGAGUGCUAAACUGGUCGUAUACUGAAGUACAAGCAUACCUGGGGAAGAUGAGAGGGGCUCUGAAGGACAACAGCAUCCAUGCGUACCAUAUUGUGUAG